GGGCCGCAGCCCCCGAAUGCAGUACCACGCGCUGUCCUUGACCAAGUGUGGCUUCUCCGUGACCCUCCUGGGGUUCUGCAACUCCAAACCCCACGAUGAGCUCUUGCAGAGUGACAGAAUUCGGAUUGUACCUUUGACAGAACUUGAGAGACUUGCAGUUGGGCCGCACAUUCUUCAGUAUGGAGUCAAAGUUGUAUUUCAGGUGGUGCACUUGCUGUGGAAGUUGAUGUGCACUGAGCCAGCAGCCUACAUCUUUCUCCAGAACCCCCCCGGCCUGCCUGCCAUUGCUGUCUGCUGGUUUGUGGCCUGCCUCUGUGGGACCAAGCUCGUCAUCGACUGGCACAACUAUGGCUACUCCAUUAUGGGUCUGGUACAUGGCCCCAGCCACUGCCUCGUUCUGCUGGCCAAGUGGUACGAAAAGCUUUUCGGACGCCUCUCCCACCUGAACCUGUGUGUGACCAGUGAGAUGCGGGAAGACCUGGCAGAGAACUGGGGCAUCAAAGCUGUGACUGUCUACGACAAGCCAGCAUCUUUCUUUAAAGAGACGCCCUUGGACCUGCAACACCGGCUCUUUAUGAAGCUGGGCCGCACCUACCCUGCACUCAGGGCCAGCUCAGAUCCCUUGGACCCAACCACGGAGAGGUCCGCCUUCACGGAGCGGGAUGCUAACAGUGGGAUGGUGACACGUCUUCGUGGGCGGCCAGCCCUGUUGGUCAGCAGCACGAGCUGGACAGAGGAUGAAGACUUCUCCAUCUUGCUGGCAGCGUUAGAAAAGUUUGAACAGCUGAUCCUGAAUGGAGAAAGCUUGCCUUCUUUGGUCUGUGUGAUAACAGGCAAAGGGCCUCUGAAGGAGCAUUACAGCCACCUCAUUGGCCAGAAGCAUCUCCAGCACAUCCAGGUCUGUACCCCAUGGCUGGAGGCUGAGGAUUACCCCCUGCUUCUAGGGUCAGCGGACCUGGGUGUCUGCCUGCACAAGUCCUCCAGCGGCCUGGACCUGCCCAUGAAGGUGGUGGACAUGUUUGGAUGCUGCCUGCCUGUGUGUGCCGUGAACUUCCGGUGCUUACAUGAGCUUGUGAAACAUGAGGAAAAUGGCCUGGUCUUUGAGGAUGCAGAGGAACUGGCUGCUCAGCUGCAGAUGCUUUUCUCAAAGUUUCCUGAUCCUGCUGGCAAACUGAACCAGUUCCGGAAGAAUCUUCGGGAGUCCCAGCAGCUUCGUUGGGACGAGAGCUGGAAACAGACAGUUCUCCCUUUGCUUGUGGACACAUGACCCCUUGGGCCAAAGACUGAACCCUCCUGAGCAUGUCCUGGUGUUGGAUGUCACAAAGAGGAAGACCCUGAGGCUCAUGCAAACUCCUCCCUGCUCUCAUUGGCUUCCCACCAGAACCGUGCUCCAUGUCCCUCCUCCAGCCUCUUCCAGCUGCUGUCUGUUCCCUGCGCAAACUGUGUAGAGCAGCGCCUCCCAGUGGGUGGCAGUUGAAAGGAUAGCAGCAGGUGCCAUGCAUGGGAUGAAAUUAUUCCCCCCCACCCCUUCCUUUAAACUUUAUUCAAAAGGCGAAUUUUGGCAGUUUCAUGACCACUUUGGUCAAUAAAAAGUCGUAUGGUCAUUUCU